CACCUAAGCCCCGACAGCCCUCUGCGGGGAGCGGAGCUGUCUCCCGUGCAAGGGCGGACUGCUGAGCACCGUCUGCCUCUCGCGCCGCAGAGGGGGAGCUGCUCGCACAGCCACGCAGGGAGGGAGCCAGCGCCAGAGCUCAAUGUAAAACCUAUGGAGCAAGAGCCCCUCCGCCGGUGAAGCUGGCAUUGUGACUCUGGUUGGGAGCCCAGCUGUGUAUCCCCCCAGCCUUUCCUUUCUUACUGUGAGCUGUGGACUUUCCCCAGGAUUCAGCCAUGACUACCUCUGCCUUGCGCCGGCAGGUCAAAAACAUUGUGCACAAUUAUUCAGAGGCAGAAAUCAAGGUGCGUGAGGCGACCUCCAAUGAUCCCUGGGGCCCACCCAGCUCCCUGAUGUCUGAGAUUGCCGACCUGACCUUCAACACCGUGGCUUUCGCCGAGGUCAUGGGGAUGAUCUGGAGACGGCUGAAUGAUAGCGGCAAGAACUGGCGCCACGUGUACAAAGCGCUGACCCUUCUGGACUACCUCAUCAAAACCGGAUCGGAGAAGGUGGCCCAUCAAUGCCGGGAGAACCUCUUUACCAUUCAGACUCUAAAAGAUUUCCAGUACAUAGACCGGGAUGGCAAAGACCAGGGCAUAAAUGUCCGGGAGAAAGUCAAGCAGGUCAUGGCUCUGCUGAAGGAUGAGGAGAGGCUGAAGCAGGAACGGGCUUAUGCCCUGAAAACCAAAGAGCGCAUGUCCGUCGAAGGCAUGGGCAUCAGCAGCAACAGCAGCCACCAGCUCUCCUAUGGCCGGCGGACAUCCCAGUACGGAGAGGACUAUGGGAGGCCCCGGGGGUCUCCGUCAUCCUUUAACUCCUCGUCCUCAUCCCCUCAAUUCACCUCCGACCUGGAGCAGGCAAGACCCCAGACCACUGGAGAGGAGGAGCUGCAGUUACAGCUUGCACUGGCUAUGAGUCGAGAGGAAGCUGAAAAGAAGCCAGUUCCUCCAGCCUCCGCCACAGAGGAAGAAAUGCAGUUGCAGAUAGCGCUCACCCUGAGCAAGGUGGAGCACGAGAAGGAAGUGAGGGCCUGGCAAGGAGAGAACUCGCUGCUACAGAAGACCCUGGAAGAGACCCAGCCGGGUGUAGAGGAGGAGGAAGAAGAGGACAAGCUGAAGAACAGUCAGUCCUCUAUUUUGGAGCUGGCAGACAUUUUUGGCCCAGUGCCGGCCACUUCAACCCGUGCUUCUGCUGACCCGUGGGAUAUUCCAGAUCUCAAGUCAAAUGCGGAGUCAGCAUCAACCUCUUGGGCCCCUUCUGCUGACCCCUGGGCUCCCAUCCCUGCUGCUUCCAGCGAUCCCCUAAGCCAGACAGCAUCUACCAACCAAGCCUUGGCAGCGCCUUGGGACCUGCCCCCUGUUGUCUCCUCCUCCUCCGAUCCUUGGGGGAAGACGCCCCUGUCUUCAAGUUUCUCUGCUGUAGACCCCUGGGUGAAAGCAUCCCCGCCCCCACCCGCUGCUGCCGAUCCCUGGAGAAGUGCUGUCGAGAACCCUCCCAAGGCCGCUUCAGGUGGUGACGCUUUUGACUUGUUUGCAAACCCAGUGGAGCCAACAGAGCAGCCAGAGCAAGACAAAAUACAGGCCCCAUCAUCUCGCAGAUCCACCAGCCCUUUGGACUUGGACCCCUUUGGUGACCCGGUUCUGAUGACCAAGCAGGACGGAGCCAAGAGUUUUGAUCUCACCAGCCUUGCAGACUCCCUUGCCGACUCCAGGAAAGACUGUAAAACGCCAGAGUCCUUCCUUGACCCUGCCGCCUCCUCCCUGGUCAAUUUGGACUCAUUGGUCACGGCCCCCCAGACCGCCAAGACCCGUAACCCAUUUUUGUCAGGUCUCAGUGCACCUUCUCCCACGAACCCAUUCAGCAUUGGUGACCAGGCCAAGCCGACGCUCAAUCAGAUGCGGACCAGCUCCCCGGUGCCAGGUGUGGCCAUGGGAAUGACCAUGAACUCCAUGACGUACAGUGCUUCGCUUCCUCUUCCGCUCAGCAGCAUCCCAUCAGCAGUGACCCUCCCCGCCUCCAUGAGUGCCUUCCCGCAGGCUGGAGCAGGUCCUUUUCCAGAGCUGCCCAGUAACUUGCCCCAGCCUUUAUUGCCACUGACUGGCUCUACUCCUCUCCCCCCAUCACAGGGAGGGAGGAACCCUUUCCUCUGAAGCCUCUGGAUCCGUGUUACGUGUAGUCUCUCUUGCCCCUUCCCCAGCUGUUUAUACAGAAAUCCCAGCGUUUCCUCAUGCAAAGGCCUUCAGGGCACUGGCUCAUUAGCUGUGAUGGAGGAAACCUCUCAUCUGCAACUCCUAUUCCAGCACCUGCCUGGGUCACAGAUAGACAGUUAGCAUGAAUAUCCUUGCUUGAAGUGCUAGAGACGAGCCUGUUCCAGCAUGGUGGGCAACAGAUGGCUAGAUCUGCCUCUGAUGGCAACGAGGAUGCUCUUGUCAUCAGCUGGCCUUGCUGUGGUGGGCACCGAGUUGAUGGCAGGGCCCUAAGAAAGGGCUGCAAUUAUCCAGGGCCCCCUGUGCUCCAGUGCUUUCUGCGAGGCCGCAGCCCAGUGUGAAGCCUUUUCACAGAUGCCUAGUCUCCACAGGUCUCUUAGAGUUCAUCCUGGGGUCUUCCAGGCAAGGAGGAAUCCUUGUGUAAUUGCACAGAAGGUGCAAUCCUCUGUUGAGGCUUGCAGCCACAAAGCUUGCAUGGAGCAGGGGCUGGGUGACCGUGGUUUGGGACAUUUCCAGGGACAGAAAUCCUCUGAGCCCCUUGCCUUCGCCAGAGUCACCGGGUGCUUCUCUGGUUACUGCACCCGGCUGCGGCCACCCACGUGCUUCCACUUGAAUGCUAAGGUUUGAGACCCUCUUCCUCUGCCUCCUCACCCCCGUAUUUGGGUGCCAAUCUUGGGAAGCCUGCUGUCCCCUAAAUGUUACUCAGCUUGGGUGCUGGUUCAGGGAACCACUCUCCUCUGCUGCUGUCUCCUGUGCUAUUCUCCUGGAGACUGACCUCCGCUCCUGACCUUUUGCAGAUGCUCCCGGUACACUAUACACACCCUAGCCUUGGUGCAUAUCCUUUCAGCCUGACCCUGUCCCUCGAAACUCCCUGCUUGCACAGCCCUGACAGGCCUGUAUGGCUUCUCCAGUUGCUGGAUCCCAGUUUCGACCACUUGAUGCUCUCCUGCCAGGACGGCUGUACGGUGUGGGAUAUGCACGCAGAGGGCUAGGAUUAUGUGUCCGGGAGAUGAACAGGGCUGGAUAGGGUUUUCUAGGCCAUGAAGUCCUCUUCCCUCCAUUUGCAGGCAGUCAUUAACCCAAGGAAGCCCCCAAAUCUAGGAGAUUGCUUGGGUUAAGCUCCAAGUGCCAGCUGUGCUGACUAUAUAGCCUCCAUGCCAGUGCCUGUCUGGGAGGUGGUAGCUUAGGGGAUGUCACACGGCAGGGGAGGGAGCGGGGCGAAGGGAGUUGUGCUGUACAGUUGGCAUCGCUUUAGUGCAUAUGUUCAAACACUUCUCUAAAGCAGCAGCGGCAGCCCCAACUCCACUGCCCCCGAGAGUGGUGGCUCUACCAGACCAUAGGAAAACAUGAACUGACUGUAAACAAUAAAAUAUUCUAGCAGCU